AGAUAUUCAGUUCCACUGAUUGCUGCUGCAGCUCUCCCUCUCUGAUCCUGUGAGUGAAGAUGGCGUCAACUGGUCUCCAACUACUUGGCCUGGUGCUGGCUCUGAUUGGCUGGGUGGGGGGCAUCAUCACCUGUGCCCUCCCUAUGUGGAAGGUGUCGGCCUUCAUUGGAAGUAACAUUGUGGUGUCUCAGGUCGUGUGGGAGGGGCUGUGGAUGAACUGCGUGGUGCAGAGCACUGGCCAGAUGCAGUGCAAGGUGUACGACUCGCUACUGGCUCUACCCCAGGAUUUGCAGGCUGCUCGUGCCCUCACUAUCAUUGGCAUCCUGGUGGCUCUGCUUGCCGUGUUUAUUGCUAUUGUGGGUGCAAAGUGCACAAACUGCGUGGAGGAAGAGAAUACAAAGGCAAAAGUCAGUGUGGUGUCCGGCAUUGUCUUCCUGGUGGCUGGUCUCCUCAUGCUCAUCCCUGUCUGCUGGUCAGCCAACAACAUCAUCCGUGACUUCUAUAACCCACUGGUGUCGGAUGCCCAGAAGAGGGAGCUGGGGGCCUCUCUAUACAUUGGGUGGGCAGCUUCUGGCCUCCUUCUGCUCGGUGGGGGCAUGCUGUGCUGCUCUUGCCCCAAAAAGAAUGAUGUGGCAUAUACAGCCCGGUACACAGCGGCCACCUCUCAGCCACACAGUGAUUAUCCCACCAAAAACUAUGUGUAAAGAGUGGAUUUCGGGGACGCCGCUCACUUCAACUUAAAGACUGGACUCUGGACCCUGCGACCUGCUGA